CUGUGAUUGAACAGUGAUACUACCUUGGUCCAUCUACUGACACCAUAUCGUUGGACAGCAUACUGUCGUUGUUGAAUACCGGCAUUGCUGAGCGUUCCGCUGCUCGCUGCUGUCCCGUUCUCGCUAGCGACAAACUCGGGCCACUGCCAGACCCAGGCCCAUCUUCUCACGCCCACGCAUCGCAACACCACACCGCACCCUCCCCGCUGACACACUUGGAUCCGAGACGCUGCUGACCGGCACCUGGCGGAGCGCUGAGGGCGGAAUCGCGAAAAAGUCACGUGCACCACUUCGCCGGCAGGACGUGUUGUUGAUGGAGCGAGAAAAGUAGGCUUGCUUGAUUGAACCCUCCACCAGACGCGCGCGACCCCAGGCUUCGAGCAGCACCGACACGCGCCUGCAGCAUGGCUACCCUCACCAACGGCGACGCCGCCGCCCACGCCGCCGAUACCACCGACACCGCUCCCACGGAUGCCGUCUCCAACAAGCGCAAGCGGCACGACGAGACGACCAGCGGGGAAGAAGCAUCGCGAGUAAAGCGACUGCAAAAGGACAUUUUGGAUGUGCUAUCACGCCAUGACACGGAACCCUCCUUCCUCAAUCACAACAUUCCUCCCGCCGAACCCUCCCAGAAAAAGGCCAAACUGUCCGCAACGAACAACGAGCAAACGAGCAUAGCAGCCCGACUUCGCAGCACGAGUUACACAUCCCUCCACGGCCUGCGCAAGGACGCCAACUCCGUUAGCGAUGAUCUCAUCACCGGCAUCAGGACGAAGGCGCGAGAACGGACCGGGUUCACCGCGGGAAGGCCGACGGUGGAAGAGCUGAAGCAGAUCAACAAGAUCCAAUCGUUGGACAAUCUGGUUCAGGAAAUCGUGGAAAGGGAACAUCGGUCUGAUGAUGUCGAAGACCAACAGCUCAAGAAGGAGGACAGCGGGCUCGCGAACGGACAUAGUGCAACUGCAGAUAGCACGCGAGGAGGAACGGUGCUCACGCUCUUUGGCAACGCACUCACUGCGAAGCAAUUGUUCUCCUCGCUGCAACAGCCUGCCGAUCGGAGAGAUCCACUGAUCAAGACGGAACUUCCGGUGGAGGAGCUGAGCUUGCCCAAUGGGAUAUCCGCGACCAAGGUCGCGCCUGUGGCCGUGGACAAUGCGCAAAAAGCCCCGACUUUCGAGCAGGCCUUCGCGCCUCCAUACAGCCUUGCGACAUUACAGCCGCCCAAGACGCACAAACGGUCGGCGACCCGUGAUCAAUCGGUGACGUGGGAAUUCAAGGAUCCCAUCCAGCGCAACAAGAGGGGAGGCUACACAGUACAGCCGCUGAGCACGGGUACAUGGCUGGGAUAUGGUGGUGUUGAUCCUCUUGAUACAGCGCAAGAAAAGCGCAAACAACGCGACCGAGCUCUGAGCUCGAGUGAUGGUGUGCACAGAAAGGAUGCGACAGACUCAUCCGAGGAGGCGCUGAAGAAACGGGAAGAGGCCCUAUUUCGGAGGGCGUAUUCGAGCUUCGCUCCACCAAAGGACAACUCUAACGCCAUCAUUCCGGAAGAGGUUAAGAAUAUGGUAUGGUGGCACAAGGUCGGCGAGAAGCGAUAUAACGAAAUAUUUGCCAUUGAUCCUGCUUUGCUUGACGAGGAUGCACAGGCGAGCAAAGUCCUCGAACUUCAGUCUUCCGUUGAGCUCCAGGAAGAUGAGUUCAGCCGAGUGUUGGAGGAUUUGGACGAACUGGAGAGGGCCGAGGAGGAGCAAUCUGUUCAGGCCCAGAAGGAUAAAACAGACGUCGAGCAAGUGCUGCGAGAGGUGUCUGAACUCCUGGAAACGCUGGCUUCUCAUCAACGCAUUCGCAACACGACUCUAUCGUCGUCAUCCACCGCAGCACGUACACCGAUCAGCCCUGGACCCAUCGUGACAUCUCAGAUCGGUAAGCCUGACGAGCCGUCCGAACAGGAGACCGCGACAUACCACAACCUUCGUCGUGAGCUGGCAUACUUGUUGUUGAAACUGCCGCCAUAUGCCAUUGCCAAACUCGAUGGCGAUCAAUUGGCGGACCUCGGUGUGAAGACCCUCAUCCCUUAUGAGACCAAGGAUAUCAGGGGCAGCAUGGAGGAGGAUCUUAUUGCCAGACAAGCCAAGCUCGCCGCAAUGACAACGGCGAACAGCAUUGCCAACUUGACUCGGCCCAAUUCGUCCACAUCGGCGCAGCGGUACAGCCAGACACCUCAAGGUACGCCGGCAAUCGGUGCAGCGGCUCACACUAGAUAUGGGUCUACUUACAACAGUCGUGCGCCAGCAGCUGCCACGCCAACCUUCCAGAGGCAACAAAGCAAUCCAUCGACAUAUUCUACCAUGCGACAAUCGUACGGCACCCAGCCGCAGCAGUACACCAGACCCGGUGCCGCGCAGCCGGGAUACGGCCAGACUAACGCCCAGCAAUACUAUGCCCAACGUCCAGCCCAGCAGACUCCAGGAACCUACAACAACUACAAUCAGCAAUACCAGCAAACCCCAGUGCAGAAUCAGCAGUACGCGCGCACGCCCAUCAUGGGCAACUACCAGACCAACGGGGCUCAGCAGCAAGCGUACAACCGUACGGCCUCACCUGCGAAACCCGGCUUUCCGGCGCCCCAAGCAAAUGUGCAACGGCCCAUGUAUCCCGCACCACAACAGCAGCCGGGAUCUGGAAGGGCCACUCCUGUUAGCUAUCCCAGCAACCCUCAUACUCCGGUCAAUGGAUAUCCGCCGCCUGCACGGCCGGUGCAAGGUCUUGCCCCACGCCCAACGAGCACGACGCCUCAGCCGACAAAUUACAAUGGGCCUACACAACCGCCGCCACCCCAACAAGUGGUUGCGAAUGGAAAUGGAAACCCUUGAUGGUACUGUGUGGUUGAAGCACUCUGGAGUGCUAUUGUCCGAAACAUUAUUCACCAGCAAAGCCAUUCCUGGGCUGGAGCAGCGCAUACUUCCUUUGAUCGAACGUGACCCUGCGGCGAGGACGAUGGCUUCUACAGUGGGCGUCUAAGUACGCGGCUCAUAUUGUUGGGCUAGUCCUGGGGUUGCCUAGAGGUGAUAGAUUUUAAAAUACCCUGAGCUCGUUGCUGUUGCGGCAUAUCAGAGCUGUGUGAUGUUAGAGACGAAACUGAAUUUAUUGCCAAAGGAGAGA